AAAGCUGUUAGAUGGAUGCCUCUUUUUCAUUUAUUUUCCCCUCGUACCUUCCCUCCAUUCGAGAAACCCUAACUUCCGGUUGCAGGUAGGUCUGCUUGUAAUGGUUGCUGACGCAUUGGCCUAAAAUAUAGGGCAGACCAAUCCAUGUUCUAAUGUUCUUUGUCUGUGGCCAUCGACGUGAAGGAAUUAGUGCUUAUCAUCCGUCAGUCCCCAAAAUUAAGGGUUGAGGUGUCUGAUUCUACCAAUGGAAGUCGUUCCUUACUGCACCUGUAGUGGAUUCCGGAACGGUUCUGGCGUUUGUGCUUCCUGUGGCAGUUCUCGGCCCGACGCAAGACGAGCGUCGCCGCCUCUUUCCUAUUUUCCAGCGAUGUCGGGCGGUGAUGAAGGGGGCAUUGACGGCGGAGAUAAUAGAAUUCAUUAUUUUAUUCCCAGGUUGAUCGUCGGUGCCAUCUCCGGAGCUCUUACAGGGCUUUUCGCUCUAGCUGGAGCUUUCACAGGAGCAGUUACUGGUGCAUUAGCAGGUCGGGCUUCUGAGAGUGGUGUCCUUCGUGGGGCUGGCCUUGGAGCUGUUGCUGGGGCUAUUUUAUCUGUCGAGGUUUUGGAAGCAUCCCGUGCUUAUUGGUGUUCAGAAAGAUCUGGUUCCCGUAGUUCAUCAUCGAUGGCAGAUUUCAUAGAGGAGCUCCUCCAUGGGAGGUUUGUACAAGAACAGUUCGCUCCAACAAUGUUUACAGCCCACCGUUGGCAGGUGAGCAUGGCCAAUAUAAGUUAUGAUGAGAUAUACGAUAUCUAUGGUGAAGUUGCAUUCCGAGGUCUGUCCAUGGAGUCAUUGAAGAAACUUCCAUACCACAUAAUCACGGUUGAGAACAAGGCAGAGUGUGGCGAUAAUUUGUGCUGCACAAUCUGUUUGCAGGAUAUAGAAGUAGGGGAAACAGUGAGAAGCUUGCCAUUGUGCCACCACACAUUUCACUUGACGUGUGUUGACAAGUGGCUUAUUGGGCAUGGGUCGUGCCCAGUGUGCAGGCAAGAUGUAUAGUAUUGUAGGUUCUGGUAUUGUGUACAUGAAACCGGCAAACAGGUGCUUGAUCAUUUGGGUCCUUGUAGCCUUAUUAGUUGCUGCUCAAUGAUCUUUUUAGAUGAAUGUGUAUAUAUGUUCUCCUGUAAUAUAGAUGGAUGUAGAACUCUGUCACUUAACUGACAGAGAAGAUAUUUCUUCCCACUCUUGGAGAAUUUCAAUAUUGGCGCUGGGGGAACUGUGUACCCAUUUUAUUCUGUAUCCUCAUUUUCUUACAAUAUAUUUGAUUUAUUAAUCUACUAUCCUAUGUUAGAAUAA